ACAGCACCACUCUCUCAUCAUUACACAAAAAAGAUUGAUAACAUCCGGACUCACCGACGCGCAUGUAACAGGGCAUUUGCUAGAGUAGGUUAAUGAGAUAAAGCUUUACGUGACUUGCGCGGUAUGUUUGAGAAGCCGAAAUUCAUUUCGAAAAUGUUUAUAUUUUAUGAUGUAAAGCAGAAGAGAAGGAUAUCUUAAAGAGAAGAGUUGUGCAGUUAUUUCUUCUUGAUUUGCAAGGUUUGAAUUCUUCCAAGACGGAGUGGUGAUCAGCCGAAUUAUCACCUAUCUGAUUUUGAGGAGCGUUUGUUGGAUUUUUGAAGGAUCGCUUUCGUACUGAUUUUAUUAGAUUGUUUAGACUAAUUAAUAUAUGUGAAAACAAACAAAUGUCUGCAUCUUAAAGAAAGCAACAAACGAGGCAAAAGAACAGGAAAACAUUCACCCCCACUUACGGAUGUGACUUAGAGUAGACAACAGUCUCCGUCCACCCGCACACGUGCAGGAUUGUUGUCUGUUUUGUUUUUUGUAGGCAAACACAUAUACACCCUGCCUCGAUUGCGCGUGGAUUAGUCUAUUUUUUACAGCUCUUUGUUGACUCUGGCGCAUUUAGUACAAUAUGUAUACUUUCAUAUUUCAUUUCAUUAAAAUGUAAUUUAAUUUAAACUUAAGAUUUUUACUGAUCUAGAUCACUGUCAUCUCAGACAUUAUUUCAAGGGACACCGCUGUUGCCUAAAUAGCAACAUAAUGUCUGGUUGAGAUUAAUAUGAUCUAUUUUACAAAAUACCAUUGACUAGAUUGAAAAAAUGAAUUUUGACCAGAUAUUAAAAUCUGUGGGUGGGUUUGGAAAGUACCAGAAGAUUUUGUACGUUUGGAUCUGCCUGCCUCAGAUCCAGCUGGCGUUUCACAUGAUGGCCAGCAUCUUUACCGGGGCCACACCUGAGCACCGCUGCCGUGACAGCGAGUUCUCAAUUCCUGGUAUUAACGACAGCCUGACUUCAUCCGUUACUGACAACUUGAACCGUAGCAUGCCAGUGGACCCGUACGUAGACUCGUGCAUCCUCGCGGACAUUUUAACUGAGAACCUGUCUCAGCCUUGCGACCACGGUUGGGUGUACAGCCAAGAUAUUUUCCAAAGCACUACUGUCACGGAGUGGGACUUGGUGUGUGACAGGGCAUGGCUCAACAGUCUGGGUUCUUCUGUCUACAUGUUGGGUCUCCUGGUAGGAGCAGCUGUUUUCGGAGUUAUGGCGGACAGGUUUGGUCGGAGGGCUGCUCUGCUCCUCUCCCUGGCUCUACAGACAGUGUCUGGAGUGGCUGCUGCCUUUGCUCCCGUCUUCCCCGUGUAUGUCCUUUUGAGAUUUGUAGUGGGGAUUUCCAUCUCUGGAGUCAUCAUCAACGCCUUUGUGCUGGGUACAGAGUGGACAUGUACCCAGCGUCGCAUGUUAGCUGGUAUCUUCACUGAUUACUUCUUCGGACUGGGCUACAUGCUAAUAGCUGGACUAGCCUAUCUGAUACGUGACUGGCGGAAACUGCAACUGGCCAUGUCUGUUCCUGGCUUUCUGUUCAUCUCCUACAUUUGGGUUCUUCCUCAGUCAGCUAGAUGGCUGUUGACCAAUGAUAGGAGAGAUGAGGCCAUCGUCCUACUGCGCCAAGCUGCUAAGGUUAACGGAUGUGUGUUACCACCUAAUUUACAGCUGGACAGGUGUGAUAUAGAAGGCAGGAGUCAUUCCGCAGCAGAUUUGGUUCGUACACCGCAAAUGAGAAAGAGAUCAGUCAUCCUCUGCUACAUGUGGUUUGUAAAUGUUUUGGUUUACUAUGGGCUGUCUCUGGGCGUGUCUAAACUGGGGUCAGACCUCUAUCUGACUCAGUUCAUCUUUGGACUGGUGGAGAUCCCUGCCAGGUCAUUGGUCCUUGUGUUCCUCCCCUGGAGCAGACGCCUAUCACAGAGUGGCUUCCUGGCCCUUGGGGGUGUGUCCUGUCUGCUCACGCUAACCGUACCCACAGAAAAUUCUUAUCUGUUAACUGGUCUUGCAAUGGUAGGGAAGUUUGGGAUCACUGCGUCCUUUGCUGUCCUCUAUGUCUACACAGCUGAGAUCUUCCCUACUGUACUAAGGCAGACUGGGAUAGGUGUGUCCAGUAUGUUUGCACGUGUAGGGGGUGUGUUAGCUCCCCUAAUCAACAUGCUCCAUAGCAGAAGCCCCUCUCUGCCCAUGUUCAUCUUUGGCUUCACCCCAGUGAUUGGUGCCGUUCUGGCAUUUGCACUUCCAGAGACUGCCAACAGACCACUACCAGACAGCGUGGAAGAUGCAGAAAGCUGGGAUACACGGAUUCCUCCAAAUAAGGAGAAAGGAGGCAUGAAUGAGGACAUUAGCCAAUCAGCAAGCAGCACAGAGGAACAGGAUCUACAGCUCCUUGCAACAGAGUCUUGCGUUUAGCAGUUAUAAGAGUAGGCCAGUCCCACACAAACAUAGCCUUUCCUCCAUAUUUUUAGAGAUCUGUGUCAGGCUUUUACUAUCCAAACUGCUCUUCAGCAUUCAUUGUUCAGACUGUACAGCUUUUCAUUUGUGGAGUUAGUUAAGACCUCCUGGGGGUUGAGUAACCUUCCCUCAGACCUAAGGCCUAAUUAAUUCAGGAAAUCCCUGUGCUUUCAUAACAGUUUAACUUAACACUAAUGACCUGUCAAACACUGCUUAAAAG